AGUGAAAAUGGUUCUUGGAAAACGCGAUUAGUCGCAGGCAAAGCGAAAGUAGCACCACUAAAGCCAGUUACAAUUCCAAGACUUGAACUACAAGGUUGUGUUUUGGCGGCUCGUAUGAUGAAAUUUGUCCAGCAAAACCAUGACAUCGAUAUUGAACAACGGUAUUUGUGGACUGAUUCCAGCACGGCGCUUUCCUGGAUAAAGGCAGAUCCACAUAACUAUCGUCCAUAUGUAGCUCACAGAGUUGGCGAAAUUCAGGAUUUAUCCAGAGGUGAUGAGUGGAGAUGGGUUCCCACGAAAAUGAAUCCUGCAGAUGAAGCAACGAAGUGGGGCAGCGGACCAUAUUUCAAGAACGACAGUAGCUGGUUUGAUGGACCUAAUUUCCUGAAGUCCUCCGAAGACCAUUGGCCUAGAUGCCGAGACUCCCCUAUAAGCACUGAUGAAGAAAAAAAAGCAACGGUAUUGAUCCACCUUCACCGUGAGCCAAUUAUUGGUUAUCAUCGAUUUUCUCGCUGGGAACGACUGCACAGAGCUGUAGCAUAUGCUCUUAGAUUAAAAAAUAUCAUCUCCAAGAAGCAUCGCGCAGAGUCAGAUGUUUUGGAGCAACAUGAGUUGUUGGCAGCGGAACGAGCAAUCAUGAUGGAAGUCCAGUGGGAAAGUUUUCCGGAAGAAAUGGGUUUGUUGACAAAUACCAAGAGCCAUGACGAAAGUUCAACGAUGCAGCAGGUCGAUUCGAGUAGCAGGUUGUAUCAACUAGUUCCAUUCCUGGAUGAUCAAGGCGUGAUGCGAGAAAACAGCCGUGUAAAAUCGUCGAACACAGUUCCUUAUGGCGUCCGUUAUCCUGUUAUUUUGCCAAGGAAACAUAGAUUAACUGAAUUGCUUGUUGAUUGGUAUCACCGUCGUUUUCAUCAUGCUAAUUCUGAGACUGUAGUGAAUGAAAUCCGUCAGAGCUAUGCAAUACCAAAACUCCGUCAAGUUGUAAAGAAAGUGUGCGCUGAUUGCCAAAUGUGCAAAGUCAGGAACGCAAGACCUUCUCAUCCUAUCAUGGCGCCAUUACCAGCUGCUAGAUUAGCCGAUCAUGAACGCCCAUUCACCUUUACUGGGCUUGACUACUUUGGACCGCUGUUUGUGAAAGUAGGACGUUCAUCAGUGAAGAGAUGGGUAUGUUUGUUUACUUGUCUAACUACACGCGCCGUACAUUUGGAAGUGGCGUUUGACUUAUCUACUGCUUCGUGUAUCUUCUGUGUCCGCCGUUUUAUUAGCCGCCGGGGAGCGCCUCUGGAAUUCUACAGUGAUAAUGGGACGAAUUUCCAAGGAGCGUCAAGGGUAUUACGAGAACAAAUUAAUCGGGGCUUAGCCAAUACAUUUACGAACUGUCAAACGAAGUGGACUUUUAAUCCGCCAGGGGCUCCUCAUAUGGGGGGCGUGUGGGAGAGACUCGUUCAAUCUGUCAAGUGUGCAAUUAAAGGCGCGUAUGAAGAGGGUAAAUUAAAUGAUGAGGGGUUGCAAACACUUUUAGUAGAAGCUGAAGGCAUAGUUAAUAGUAGGCCUCUGACGUACUUACCUUUAGAUGCAGCAGAAUACGAAGCUCUUACCCCUAACCACUUCUUAUUGGGAAGCUCGAACGGGGUAAAGCAACCAGCUGUACCAGUAGAAGAAAAUCGUAAACUGAAGACUACCUGGGAUCUUAUACAACAUGAGCUGGAUGUUUUUUGGAAACGUUGGCUUAAGGAAUACAUGCCAAUCAUACGUCGUCGAUCUAAAUGGUUUAAACAAGUUCGGUCAAUUGAAGUUGGGGACUUAGUCCUGGUGGUCGAUAACAAAGUGAGAAACGGAUGGAUGCGAGGACGUGUUGAGGAAGUGGUUGCUGGGUCAGACGAUCAAGUUCGACAAGUUUACGUGAGGACAGCCAAUGGACUUCUACGUCGAGCGGUUCAUCACCUUGCUUUAUUGGAUGUUGGACGAGCUAGUGCAGUCUCUGAGGAUACCGAGAUGCACCCGAGGGAGGAUGUCGGCAAACAGGCAACCCUGCCGUAAUCAUCACGGUUGGAAAACCGAUUUACGUAAUGAUAGUUAAUGAUGACAGGGAAACGAACGGAAAGACCGCAUGUGGUUAAGUCAAAUUGUUACAAGCGUGUACAUCGUGAGUUGGCAUUUUAUGUGCAUUAGUCGAUUUUUUAUCUAAAACCAAAAGUUGCUAAGUUUAUUCGUAUUUAUUCGUUUGCAUACGCAAAGAUCGAUUUGUCACGAAUCGUAAUUCCUGAGUUCCAGGUUAAGUCAUCUGUUUCGGUCCAUACGGAUGAUUCCGUUACUGCGGUGGUUCCGCUGAAUUCCGCGCUGUAACCUGUAAGUAAAGAAAAGAAUAAUUAAUCAAAAUUAGCUGAAAUUUUCUAAAAAAGGAUACACGAUUUCAUCACAGGAAUCACUCGAUUUUGUUAACACUUGACAAGAAGAAUAGGCCAAGCCUUGGAGAAGGCAGACUAAGCUGUAAGUUAGAGUUUCAAUUUAAAACCACUAGAAAUGUAUUAAAAAUAUGUAUUAUUACAGUUUUGAAGCAACAUAUCAACAAAUACAACUGCUCUCGAAAUUUAGUCGGUGUCUUUCUUGGCCGUAACA